AAUAUGAUUUUGCACGAUUGCUCAUGGAAAAUUUUUCUUCCAUGGUUGUGCCAUGGUAUAAUGUGACGGAAGUUCUUACUAAAACACGGAGCAAGCAAAGUCACUGAAGUUGUUUAGGCCUAUUUAUAGAGAGGUCAGGGGGCCAAUGGUAGACCAUGACAGCAGCAGGGCAAACAUUGUAUUCAGGCACCCGAGCGGGAUGUGUUAUAGCAGUUAGGUAUUUUUGUCGAUUUAAGCGGGAAAAUAUUGGCAUCAAUGGCUGAAACUAAGUAUAAUAUCGUGAGUACGUAUGCUGAGCAUUAUCGGAGGACAUGUUUUCAGACAACUAUCCCCCAGCGCAACGUGAACCAAAGCAGCUGCGCAGUACGCUGUCUUAUAUCUACUACACAGAUGAUAAGAAAGGAGAAGGCGCUACUGGAAGUGUAUUUGGUGGCAGAGAAAAGAAAUCUGGCGAGAAAGUUGCGGUCAAGGUUUUCAACAAUGUGAGCUACAGACGGCCCGGCAGCGUGCAGGACAGAGAGUUUGAUGUCCUCCUCAAACUCAAAAAUCCAAAUAUCGUGAAGCUCCUGGCUAUUGAAGAAGACCAAAUAUCAAAGGAAAGAGUGAUUGUGAUGGAGCUUUGUACGGGCGGGAGUCUGUUCAGCGUCUUGGACAGACCGGAGAACUCCUUUGGAGUACCGGAGGAAGAAUUCCUCAUUAUCAUCAGGGAUAUCAGCAAUGGUAUGAAACACCUUCAAGACAAGGGAAUCGUUCACCGUGAUUUAAAACCUGGGAAUAUAAUGUGUUGCCACGGACCUGAUGGUCGUUCAGUGUACAAAUUAGCCGAUUUCGGGGCAGCCCGUGAAUUGGCUGAAGGUGAGAAUUUCGUCAGCUUGUACGGGACUGAAGAAUACCUACAUCCAGAUAUCUACGAGCGAGCAGUCCUUCGAAGACCACUCAUGAAGACGUUCACUUCCUCGGUAGAUCUGUGGAGCAUAGGAAUCACGUUAUUUCAUGCAGCAUCUGGCAUGUUGCCGUUUCGACCAUUCGGUGGCAGGAGAAACAGAAAUACAAUGCACAAGAUGACCACCAUGAAGGCAUCAGGAAUUAUUUCUGGCGUUCAGAGGGACUCGGAAGACGGUCCGAUCACAUGGAGUCGGGAGUUGCCAAUGACAACACAGCUCUCACAAGGUCUGAGAUGUCACGUGGAAGAAUUGCUCGCAGGGCUUCUGGAGAGCGACGUCAAUAAGAUGUGGUCCUUUCAAACGUUUCAUGAGUUCGCCCAGUCCCUUGUGAAUAAGACUGUGCUGGAUGUGUUCCACGUUACAACGUCACAGCUUCUCAAAGUUUACAUCAAUCCUACCUAUUCAUUUGCAGAGUUUAAGGAACACAUAGCGAUGCAAACCUUCUUGCAAUCACAGCAACAGAUCCUUCUAUUCAAUGGCGACAUUUUUUACCCGGACGCAUCACUGCGUUGUCAGGCAUUCCCUGAAACAUCCAUCACCAACCCCAUCUUGCUGUUUGGCAAGACUUUUGACGGCACAGUAUCACCUGUCAUCACUGCAUCACCAACUAUUCCACAGGUUCCGUCCAGAUACUCACUGGAAACUGACGCUCCAAGGACAAAGCGUAGCAUCUCAGCACUGUUCUAUCUUAAAAGGAAACAGGAGAGAUUAUUGUCGAUGCAGAAACUUAUGGACAAAUCAAUUGAAGCUUUUACUCGCUAUUUGAAAGAUUCAGAGAAGCUUCUGAGCUACCACUUGAGGAAGUUGGAUUCCGCCGUUUCGUUACCGCUAGUGCGGCUCCAGGACAUGCAGGAGAAAAUCUCUACUUUGCUAGAAGUGACCAAGGUAGCGAUGCCCAAGGUUAACGGGCACAGGGAUGAAGACCUCGCUGGGGUCUGCGAUAACCUGGAGAUUGUGUACGACGAGGUGGUCCUGAAAGAUGAAGACGCUGAUAAGCUAUUUUCCCGAUACAAAGACGUCUCCGCUCAGAUGCAAAGUGUUCAGAAUGACAUCGUGCAGAGAGAUGCACUUACCAAAUCAUGGGUCAAUCAAUGCGGGUGUAGAACAAAGGACCGAUGUAUCAAGCAGUUCAACAGCUGGUUCAAAAUACAGCUAGAAAUUUAUGCAAACUUCAAACGAGACAGUAGGUCAAAAUCUCUCCCAUACAACGAGGAGCAAAUCCACAAAAUGGAAAAGAUCAAGUUUAAUGAAACGAUACCCUUGCUAGCAUCCAUUGUCAAUGACCACUGCGAGAGUAAUUGGCGAAGCAAGCAUGGAGAAAUGAUGGAGUGGCUCGGCCUUGCCUAUUCCCAGAAAGAUCGAUUAUCUGAAGUAGAUAAAUGUCUGACACCGCUGGUAACUGAAGUCACUGCGGACAAAAACAUCAUCUUAAAGCUUGGUGAGCGGUGUCGGGAGUUGACAGUCAAAGCCACGGAAUGUGUCACCUUCAAGAUAGCUCGGACAUUUGCCACCUACAUUGGUUUGGAACAAAAAGAUGUCAAAAUUAAUAUUCUAGAAGACAUUGAGCUACGGUCCAAUGAUGGCACCUUUCCAACAGACAGACUUUCCCCAUAUUUAAAUGAAGUGUGCAUUGGAAGUCUUUACGCAGAGACGGGAACCCAGACCGAGGAGAACGGUACCCAAUAUGCCAAGAAUUACCCACAAUGCCGUACAAGAUUGCUACAUUUAAGCCCAACGCUCACCGAUUGGGAAUCUUCGGAAAAGGAACUCAAACAGUCACGAGAAGCGAUGGACAAAAUGAAUCUGAUGUCAAUGUGUUCAGAUAACACCAGUCUUGAACUGUACAAUUGAUAAUGGUGUGUAAGAUUGAAAAACCCCAGUGGAAAACUAGCCGCACAUGGAUUGUUGCAUAAGAUCGGACGCCAUUAGUGCGUAGAUUGUGUGAGAGAUUGUGUGCGUAGAUGUCAUCUGCACUCCAUCCGCACUCUGAUGGCCGAGAGGCAAAUAGAGUUCAGGAGAAGUGAGCAAGGUCAUUUGUCAUCACAGACGAUUCACUUGGAAAAUUGGAGCAACCACUUGGUAGCCAGAAGAUUCCUCACUACACGGUCCUGCUGUUUUCAAGAUUUAUUGUGCACAUAAACAAGAUGUAAAAUGAUGGAGUACCCAGUAAUAAUGCAAUUCGCACAGAAAUCGUAAGAUAUUCCAUAGCACCAGAUAAACAUGUUAUGAACAUAGUGUACCGUUAAAAGUUAUCACGAUGAUUGACAACCAGAUUGUGUGGUUCUGCAAGAUCAACCAAAGAAAAAUCACCAGUCUGUCCAUGGUCUGUCCAACCACCCUGACCCAUAAUGUUAAUGUCUUCAAUAGACACUCUCAUCACAUCCUCUCAAAUGCGAAAAAAAGAAAACAUUUCUAAAAUGCUAAGCCAACGCCUAGUCCUAGUGCUUGUUAGCCUACAAUCGGCUGUUGUACUAAUUUCUGAUGGUCAUCACCGUAGUAGUUGCUUUUUUUUGUAUACAAGUCGCCUGACACACAAGGCCUGAAGGCCACUUCAAGGUGUGGGCUACAAUUAUUUUU